AUGGCGCCACCUGUGGUCGUUCACUCACGUGCAGAGGUGCAGCUGCAGUUUGCAGAGCAGCUCAAGAAUCCCGAGAAGUACAAAUGCCAAUUGAAAUCGCUAACUCAGAAUGAGUGCACUUACAAGAUUCUAGAAGAAGGCUACGAGUUCGUCUGCUUACCCUUCAAACGAGUAUUCCAGCGAUGUUUGGUACCUGAAACGAAAACUAUCAACGGGAAGAAGCACCAUGGUGAAAGAUGGAUCAACAUAGAAGUCACCGACGCCCAAACGAACAAUAUCCGGCGUGUGAAGUAUGGACCGGAUAUUGAAAAGUUCCUACAAGUAGAGAAGGAGACCUACAAGUGGCUCGAAGAACACGGUGUGCCGGACUCCAUUCCCGAAAGAGCCAAGGAGUGA